AUGUUCGCACGCACGAGCGCAGCAGCGCGCCUCCUCCGCUGCGGCGGCGCCCGCGCCCGAGCUGCCGGGCGCUCCCGGUCGCUGAGCGGCGCGACGGAGGUUGCUGCGCUCGGCAUCCCUGCCCAGGUGGUCGUCGCGGCGCAGGCCGCGACCGGCGCUCCGUGGUGGCUUGCGAUCGGCGGCACGACAGUGGCGCUCCGCGUCGGGAUGCUCCCGCUGCUGUGGUACCAGCUGGCGGAGACGCGCCGCUUCGGCGCCCUCCGGCCGCAGCUGGCGGCGAUUCGCGACGAGUGCCGUGCCAUCGAGCCUCCGUCUGCGCGCGCGGCGCAGACGUUGCUGCGCGGGUGGCGCUGCUGCCGCGCGGCGUCCGUCCAGCCGCUCGCGAUCGUGGCCGUGCCGCUGGUGCAGAUCCCACUGCUCAUCUGGUCGCUGGAGCUCCUCAAGGCGAGGCGGCCGGCGGAGGCGGUGGACGUGCUAUGGCCAGCCAUCUUGGCGGCGCCGCGCGAGGACUCCGGCCCGCUGCGCUUCCAGUGCGCGCUCGCGCUCCACAUGCAGUCGCAGCACGCCGCGUCGGCGGAGCUGCUCAAGCAGGUGAUCGAGCUCGAGCCGAGCUUCGCGGAGGCGCACCUCUGCCUUGCGCAGGUGUACACCGCGCUGGGGCUCGCCGCGGAGGCGGAGGCGGCGCUGGACGAGGCGGCGACGCUGCGGCCGGAGAUAGCCGGCUGGAAUGCAGAAAAAGACGAGAACACGAGCCCGUGGCCGUGGGCCGUGGCUCUGACUGGCACGAGGCUGCAGGCUGGUGCCGUAUGCCGAGCGUCCUCUUUUCGACGUCUUUUAUAG